CCUAGUACAUAUACAUAAAAUUUUCCGUCUCACCUUCUCAUCUCAUCCGAUAUCCACUCUUUACAAUGUGUGGAGAAAGCAACCGUCCAACCUUCGGAGGCACCAUCGCCGUCCUCUUCCCACGAGAGAAUAGAACAAGCCCAAGCCCCUCAGAGAUAUCUCGAUCAUCAUCGCCAGAAUCAAUCUCAUCAUUUUCGUCUACGUCAUCAACUGCUUCAAUGUCUUCAUACUCGCUCUUCUUCCGCGACACAGACCCAACAACCCAGAGAACGAAAGCAAUCUUCCGAAUGGAUGACACAGAAACAUAUCACACGCUUCGGGGAUGUGGACAUGUCGAUGUGCGGAUCGAGAAAUAUGGCGAUAUCUCCAACACAUCAUUGAGCAAUAGUCCACUUCACCAAUUCCGAUUGGAGAUGACACAAGACAGAAACUCGAAAUCAGCAUGUCAAACUGAAAUGGAGUUCGAGUUGCCUCAACGGCUGGACCUGGGCGUCUCGGAGAAGGGUGUUAUCGGCCGGCAGGUGACGGUCAGAGAGGUGGGGGGAUCAAUCCUGGGGAUUGGAAUCGUGGGAUACAAUUAGAUUGUUUUACGGUUAUAUCUUGUACAUACAUUAUGGGCUUAGUUGGAAUGGAG